GCCUGCAGGACCAGCCUCCCUGGGCCACGUCCCCGAGCAUGGCCGACUACCUGAUCAGCGGGGGCACGGGCUACGUGCCCGAGGACGGCCUCACGGCCCAGCAACUCUUUGCCAUCGCCGACGGCCUCACCUACAACGACUUCCUGAUCCUACCAGGCUUCAUCGAUUUCACAGCGGACGAAGUGGACCUGACCUCGGCGCUGACCCGUAAGAUCACCCUGAAGACGCCGCUCAUCUCGUCGCCCAUGGACACCGUCACGGAGUCGGACAUGGCGAUCGCCAUGGCGCUGAUGGGCGGCAUCGGGAUCAUCCACCACAACUGCACCCCGGAGUUCCAGGCCAACGAGGUGCGCAAGGUCAAGAAAUUCGAGCAGGGCUUCAUCACGGACCCGGUGGUGAUGAGCCCCACGCACAACGUGGGAGACGUCUUCGAGGCCAAGCUGCGGCACGGCUUCUCGGGGAUCCCCGUCACCGAGACGGGCAAGAUGGGCAGCAAGCUGGUGGGCAUCGUCACCUCGCGGGACAUCGACUUCCUCACCGAGAAGGACUACGCCACCUACCUCAGCGAGGUACCCGUUAAAGGCCCCACGGUGGAGCUGGCCCCACUGGGCAUGCGGCUGUGGCCGUGGGGCUCUGCCGGGCGCCCCCCUCACCGCCGUGCCCUCCCCGCGCCAGGGAAGCUGCCCAUCGUGAACGACAGCGACGAGCUGGUGGCCAUCAUCGCCCGCACGGACCUGAAGAAGAACCGCGACUACCCGCUGGCCUCCAAGGACUCGCGCAAGCAGCUGCUGUGCGGGGCGGCCAUCGGCACCCGCGAGGACGACAAGUACCGGCUCGACCUGCUCACACAGGCCGGCGUCGAUGUGGUGGUGCUGGACUCCUCCCAGGGCAAUUCCGUGUAUCAGAUCGGCAUGAUCCAUUACAUCAAGCAGAAAUACCCCGAGCUGCAGGUGAUCGGUGGGAAUGUGGUGACAGCGGCGCAGGCCAAGAACCUGAUUGACGCGGGAGUGGACGGCCUGCGCGUGGGCAUGGGCUGCGGCUCCAUCUGCAUCACGCAGGAAGUGAUGGCGUGCGGCAGGCCCCAGGGCACGGCGGUGUACAAGGUGGCGGAGUACGCCCGCAGGUUCGGCGUGCCCGUGAUCGCUGAUGGCGGCAUCCAGACCGUGGGGCAUGUGGUGAAGGCGCUGUCUCUAGGAGCCUCUACGGUGAUGAUGGGCUCUCUGCUGGCGGCCACCACGGAGGCUCCGGGCGAGUAUUUCUUCUCGGACGGCGUGAGGCUGAAGAAGUAUCGGGGGAUGGGCUCGCUCGACGCCAUGGAGAAGAACAUCAGCAGUCAGAAGCGAUACUUCAGCGAAGGGGAUAAGGUGAAGGUGGCGCAGGGCGUCUCCGGCUCCAUCCAGGACAAGGGCUCCAUCCAGAAGUUCGUCCCAUACCUGAUCGCGGGCAUUCAGCACGGCUGCCAGGACAUCGGGGCUAGGAGCCUCUCCAUCCUCCGCUCCAUGAUGUACUCGGGCGAGCUGAAGUUCGAGAAGAGGACCAUGUCGGCCCAGAUCGAAGGUGGCGUCCACGGCCUCCACUCUUACGAGAAGCGGCUAUACUGACGACGGGCUCCGAAGCAACAGCCAGCGCACAGCUCCCAACGUCCCUGCCCCGGUCGCCGCCCGCCGCGUGUAGCCCAGCCGUCCCCUCCCGGCGCCGGGACAGCGCUCCGACCACGCCGCCCAGGGACGGAUUUGCACUACGGCCGAGAGCGUCUCGCCUUUGGCCAGGACCUGGCCCGGACUGGACUGCAGCCAGGUCUCCCCAGCACCUGGGGCAAGGCCCCGGGAACCAGCCCCCCUGGACUGGGCAGAACAGAGAGCAGGGGCUGGAAAGAGCUCGGGGGGGCCCCCACUGCCGGGGGGGCAGGAGCGUUUCAGCACUUAACACUGAGCAGUGCCCCCUGCUCCCGCCUGCUGCAUCUUCACGGGCAGCCAGGGCCUGGCUGGAGCCUGCAUCCCCCCCACACUCCACCUCCCCUCCGCUAGACCCCACCGCUGCUGCCCUCCGUGGACACGGCUCCCCCGCCCACCGGUGCUAGUGCUGCAGGGGGGCACAGGCCGGGGGGGCCGGCCCUGCAGCGGGGCAGUGACGGGAGCCGCAGGGAUCCUGCUGACAGCCCGGCCUGGCUCCGGACCAGUAGCCCCUGGGCUUGAAGGCAUUUUAUAAACUUGUACAGAGGCUGAGCCUUGCCUCGGCUAUUAACCCUCUGAUGCCCAGGGGCUGUCUUACCCUGCCCCCAAGGCUGUUUGUUAGUAGGGUCUCUCCAACCUGGACCAAGCCACCUCCCCUCCGGUCCUGGCCUGAAGCUGCCUGGACUUCUCUCUCUUGUCCCUCUCUGCAGAGCCCCCCUGGGGUGUCAGCCCGCUGCACGCCUGGGCCCCUGCAGCCUGCCCCGCCGCAGGGGCACAUCCCUCUGGGGCUGCAGCUGCUCUGGGGUUAGGCAGGGGGGCAGGAGUGACCCCCAAGGCUGGAAUGGGGGCCUGGCCACCCCUCUGCAGCGCAGCCCUGUACUGCAGCCCCCCCUCAGGCUCGGCGGGGCUGGGCAGCUUCACUCUGUUUCUGCCCAAUGAGUUUAAAUCUCCUUUUUCUGUCACUGCAGCUACUGGCGAGUCCCGGCCUCUCCCCCUGCAGCACCGACCCCCCGACUCGGCGGAAGGCUUUAACUUUGCACAUUGGGGUCCAGUGUUUGUAAUUGUGUAUUGAAAAAUAAUAAAGUAAUGCAGCAUCGGG